AAACUUCUAUUUGCACAUGCAUUCAUUCAUUGUUCAGAAAUCCAAAUCACACAAAUAAUACUGAUUUGCAGAACCACAUGAAUAAUUGUUGGCUUAGUUAAUGAAUAAUUUAGUGGACAACAAAAUCUCUAAGCAUAAUUUAGUUACCAAACUUGAUGAGGAAUUUUGGUUGGGAAUUGGGAACACAUGAAAAACCCUUGCUUGUUGCACGUGUUUGCAUUAAAAAACCGAAACUUUUAUGCACGUGCCACGGUGUUCUUCAGGUUUUGUUCUUCACCUUUUAUUCUCUUUCCGUUCUGCGCUCGGUGUGAAGAAGCAGCCAUUUUUUUAACGGAAAUCACACCGCGCACACCGUAGUGUUCAUCGCAAUCCACAAUGGAUGAUGCUGCUAUCUUCUCAACCCUGAAAGAAUAUGUCAAUCAUUCAUGAAAUUGAGGGCUGCAGCUACUACUAGACAAGCUUCAAGAAUGGGAGAGUUCAACAGCAAUGUUGAGUAUGUCACCGUUGUAGAUUUACCUUCCCCAAGGAGAACUCACACCAUGAAGAAAGUUUCAAUGCUCCCUCUUGUAUUCCUAAUCUUCUAUGAGGUUUCAGGUGGUCCCUUUGGUGUUGAGGACACUGUUCAUGCAGCAGGUCCACUCUUAGCGCUUCUUGGUUUCGUCGUUUUCCCAUUCAUAUGGAGCAUCCCUGAAGCUUUGAUCACUGCUGAGAUGGGCACAAUGUUCCCCGAAAACAGCGGGUAUGUCGUUUGGGUCUCGACUGCACUGGGUCCCUUUUGGGGGUUUCAGCAGGGUUGGAUGAAGUGGCUGAGUGGUGUGAUAGACAAUGCUUUAUAUCCUGUUCUGUUUCUUGAUUAUCUGAAAUCUGGAGUCCCUGCAUUAGGGGGUGGAUUACCUAGAAUCCUUGCAACUUGGGGUUUGACAAUUGUUCUCACUUUCUUGAACUACAGGGGUUUAACAAUUGUAGGAUAUGUUGCUGUUUUUUUAGGGGUUUUCUCGCUCCUCCCUUUUGUGGUUAUGGGGUUUUUGGCAAUUCCGGACUUGAAACCUUCGAGAUGGACUGUGGUAAACACUAAAGAUGUUGAUUGGAAUUUGUAUUUGAAUACUUUGUUCUGGAAUCUCAAUUACUGGGAUUCUAUAAGUACUCUUUCUGGGGAAGUUGAGAAUCCUAAGAAAACUCUUCCAAAAGCUUUGUUUUUGGCAUUGAUCCUAGUGGUUCUGGGGUAUUUCUUCCCACUUCUGAUUGGCACUGGCGCUGUUCCCCUUAAUCGAGAGUUGUGGACUGAUGGUUACUUCUCGGAUAUUGCUAUGAUUCUUGGAGGAGCAUGGUUGAGAUGGUGGCUUCAGGCUGCUGCCGCGAUGUCAAAUAUGGGAAUGUUUGUUGCUGAAAUGAGCAGCGACUCUUUCCAGCUUCUAGGGAUGGCCGAGAGAGGAAUGUUGCCCGAGUUCUUCAGCAAGAGAUCUCGUCAUGGAACCCCUCUUGUAGGUAUACUUUUCUCUGCCUCUGGUGUAAUUCUACUGUCAUGGAUGAGCUUUCAAGAGAUCGUAGCGGCAGAAAACUUCCUGUACUGUUUCGGAAUGAUUUUGGAGUUUAUUGCAUUCAUAUUGUUGAAGAUCAAGCACCCCAAUGCGUCUCGGCCUUACAAGGUGCCAGGAGGAGCAGCCGGGGCGAUCCUAAUGUGCAUCCCUCCGACCGCAUUGAUCUGUGUCGUGUUGUAUUUCUCCACCCUCAAAGUAAUGGUUGUAAGCCUCAUUGCUGUGUCAAUUGGCCUUGUCUUGCAGCCUUGUAUCAAAUAUGUAGAGAAAAAGAGGUGGUUGAAGUUCUCCCAUAGUGCUGAUCUCCCAGAUCUUGAACAUGAGGAGAGCACUCACUCUUUGGUGAAUUAAUUAACUUAUCAUGUUUCUAGAUUUUUUAUUUUUUGACAGUGUUGAGGUUAUUUUUUUGAGGUGUUAAUGCAUUAUAGCUGCAUAGAAGGGGCAGCUUUGUAUCUUAUGCUUUUGGUUCUUUAGCUGUUUAAUAUGCCACUCCACUAAGAAACUUGUAAUUUGAUUUGGUUCCCCCCUGUCAUGUUUAGACAAACUGCAUGAUUGGGUUUGCUUAGUGUUUGGGAAGAAUUUUUUUGGAAUAGAUAAAAAAAUUGUAAGUU